GGGUGCCAGCGGGAAAUUCCUGAAUGACAGGAUCCAGAGAGCAGCAAUUUUAGGAUGUGAACUCGAGGGGCGUCGCCCAUAGGUCCCCCUCAUGCCCCGGCCCACCCCUCCGGCCUCCGAGGCCCCGAGACAGACCCUGAGAGUGUGUAGACGGGAAACGGAGGCUAGAAAGGGGUAGGACCGGCUCAAGACGGCGCUGGGCAGGGCGAAGUCGGGGUCAGGUCUGAGCUCAGGGUGCGUCCGAGUGUCUGGACCCAGCGCCCAAGGUCCUGUCCGGCUCUAGGGAACCCAUAAAGCUUGCAGGCCCGAGCCAGGGUGAUGCUGAAGAUGAUGACCUUCCAAGGCCUCCUGGGCCAGCAUCCUGUGCCAAGGACCCUCAACUUUCUUGGACACCCCCAGAAGUUGCCCUCCACGUCAGAGGCGGACUCAGAGGCCUCCAUGUCCGAGGCCUCCUCUGAGGACCUGGCGCCACCCCUGGAAGCUGGGGUCUCCCCGGAGCAGGACGGGGCAGAGGCUGUGAAGAAGAAGAAGGAGAAGAAGAAGCCGAGCGCACUGACCAAUGUGCUCAACAUACUCAGAGGGAAGAAGAAGAGUUCGCCCAGCUCAGCGCAGCCCGAGCCCGGGCCAGGAUCGGACAAGCCUGCGCCCACAGUGGAGGAGCUCAAGGCGGCGCUGGAGGGCGGACAGCUGGAGGCAGCAGGACACCUGCUGGCACUGGAGCGGGAGCUGGUGGUCUUGGCCACGGCAGGCAGCCUGGAUGCGGAGGAGCUGGUGCGGCGGCAGAGCAAGGUGGAGGCGCUGUACGUGCUGCUGCGUGGCCAGGUGCUGGGUCUGCUGCGCCGGCCCCUGGACGCUGCGCCUGAGCGGCUGCGCCAGGCACUGGCUGUGGUGGCCGAGCAGGAGCGUGAGGACCAGCGGGCGGCAGAGGCCGGGCCUGGGGCGGCAACGCUGGUGACCACGCGUCCUCGACACUGGCUGCAGCAGUGGCGGCACAGCGUGGCCGAGGUGGCCUCUGAGCGUAUGGGCGCGCGGCUGGCCACGCACACAAAGGGGCGCUCCGAGGUGGAGGACGCCUUCCUAAACAUGGGCCACACCAUGAAGGAGGACCUGGAAGCCGUGGUGGAGCGGCUGCGGCCACUGUUCCCAGCUGAGUUCGACGUCGUGACCACCUACGCCCGCAGCUACCAUGAGCACUUUGCCGCGCACGUGACAGCCCUGGCGCAGUUCGAGCUAUGUGAGCGUGACGCCUACCUGCUGCUGCUCUGGGUGCAGAACCUCUACCCAAAUGACAUCCUCAAAAGCCCCAAGCUGGCAGCUGAGCUGCAGGGUGUCAGCCUUGGGAGCCUGUUGCCCUCCAGGCAGAUCCGGGUGCUGGAGGCCACGUUCCUGUCCAAUGAGGUGGUCAGCGUGAAGGAGCUGAUGGCCCGUGCCUUGAAGCUGGAGUCACAGCGCUGGGCCCAGGAUAUGGCUCCACAGAAGCUGGACGACCACUGCCACAGUGAGCUGGCCAUCGACAUCAUCCAGAUUGUCUCUCAGGGCCAGGCCAAGGCUGAGAACAUCACCCCUGAACUGGGCUUGCAGAUCAAGCAAAUGCUGCUGGUGGAGUUGGCUGCCUUCCUGAGGAGCUACCAGCGCACCUUUGAUGAAUUUCUGGAAAGAGGCAAACAGCUGAGAAAUUACAGGGCCAAUGUCAUUGCCAACGUCAACAACUGCCUGUCCUUCCGGACAUCCAUGGAGCAGAACUGGUCAACAGUGCAGAACCCCCGCAGCCACCUGCUGGACCCCCUGAGUGAACUCAAGAGCCACGGCUUUGACACACUGCUCCAGAGCCUGUUUGAGGACCUGAAGCCCCUGUUCAAGAGGUUCACGAAGACCCGCUGGGCGGCGCCUGCCGAGACCCUGGAGGAAAUCCUCACCACCGUGGGCAGACGGCUGCCGGAGUUCCGGGAACUGCAGGACUGCUUCCGUGAGGAGCUCAUGGAGGCCGUGCACCUGCACCUGGUGAAGGAAUACAUCAUCCGCCUCAGCAAGCGCCAGCUGGUCCUCAAGACGGCCGAGCAGCAGCAGCAGCUGGCGAGGCACAUCCUGGCCAAUGCCGGCGCCAUCCAGCGCUUCUGCACGCAGAACGGCUCCCUUGCAAACUGGCUGCAGCCUGCCCUCCCCACACUCGCCGAGAUCAUCCGCCUGCAAGACCCCAGUGCCAUCAAGAUGGAGGUGGCCACGUACGCCACCUCGUACCCCGACUUCAGCAAAGGCCACCUGAGCGCCAUCCUGGCCAUCAAGGGCAACCUAUCAAGCAGCGACGCCAAGAGCAUCCGGAACAUCCUGGACCUUGACACGGGCACGCAGGCGCCCUCCAGGCCCCUGUUCUCACUGAUAAAGGUUGGGUAGCUCUUCCUGCAGUCUGACCUGCUGUGAGCUCCCAGCGAGCAGACUCCCCACCCCACCUGGAGGCUGUGCAGCCUGGCGCUGGCUCCUGAACCUCUCAUGGCCUAUUGUGUUCCGCUGCUGCUUGUGCCCAACUCUGGAACAGGCCCUGUGCCACGGAGCCCGGCAGAGCCUGGUGUGUGUGUGUUGGUGGAACCAGAGCGCCUGCGAUGGGCACCCAAGGAGCUGCCAGGAAACAAGAGCUGACCGUCGUUGGUGCACAUAAGUGGAGCUGGGCUGCGGAGGGCACGGCCAGGGGCCAGGGACCCCGGGCCACCCCUGCCCUCUAACCUGGCUCCUGGGGGUCCUCCUAGGAGGGGCUUGGUGCUGGGCUCAGCAGCUCUGAUUGCAGACAGGCAUCAGGGAGACUGUCUCCUGGGGGCAGAGCAGCGGCAGACCCAUGUGCAGAGCCUGGGUCCUGGCAGGCUGCCCCUGGGGCUCAGGCCUGGACCCUCCUGCCCAUCCCUGGACUUCCCCAGAGGGUCCCGGGGGGCCCUGGCGUCCACCGUGCUGGCCCUGGCAGGUCUGCCCUGUCCCCGCAUGGAGGCCUCCCUGCCUCUCCCGGUGCUCGCAGCCACCACGUCUCUUGCCCCUCAGCCCUUCCACGUCACAUCUGCGCCCUCCUGCCCCUCCACUGGGGCGGUGGGAGCUCACCUAGAGAUGCCUAGGUCUCCGGUUUCAAUUCCAUCCACAGCACCAAGUCCCCCUGCGUGUCACUUAACGGCCACAGCCCCAGGGAUAAGGAUGUGGACAUCUUGGAUCUUCUGCCACCCAUCCCCUGCCCGCAGGACCUCAUUCUACCCCAGGAAAACGACUCUUGCUGAAAGGGCCCAGGUCUGGGCUUGCCAGGCCUCCACCAGGCCUCUAGGGUGUGGAGUUGGGGUUCAGCGCCAGCUUUUGGGACUGCUCCCUUUUCCCAGGUACUGUUUUAGAAGCCUAGAGCCACGCCUGAUAGGCCGGUACACACCUGUAACCCCAGCCACUGGCCACAUAGUGAGACCUCAAGAGGACAAGAGCAGGGCUGCUGCUGGUGUCACAGAGUGGGAUACACAUGCUCAGGCCCUGGCUCUACCCCCAGUACCCCAAAACAGGAAACGUGGCUGGGAGCUGCUACGGCCAGCAUGAGGGGCACACUGAGGGUUUUGUACGUUUGUAGGAGUUGCCUUGUAUAAUGUUAUUAAUAUUAUUAUUUUGUAUUGUACUGCUUUUAUAUGUAAGAUCUGGGUUUUUAUAGUGUGAUAUAAAGAGCUGUUUUCAAAAGUGGCAGUGGCUGAGGAUAUAACUCAGCCGGACAGCGCCUGCCUGAUAA